CACACACACACCGAGAAAACGCAGUGUUUAUCAUGUGAAUUGGACUCAGUUCCCCCUUCCGAACACUGUGUGGUUUAUUCCAGCGGCUCUGUAUCUUUAGCGCGAGGUGCGUUUCUGUUGUCAUCAGCACACUGAGCCAGGCGGUUCAAUCACUCCGCGGACACGGCAGCGAAGUGAAUUUCGAUGGAGAGGUCAUACAGAGCUGAGAUAUUCUCGUGCAGGACUGUUUUAUGCCGAACUGUUAAUGGGAAUGCAUCGACUUACUGCAGAAAUUGUCUGUGAAUCGCCUUAGCCCUUGGCUGCAGGGCUGUGAGCAGCUACCAUGACGUAUCCCAACACCAGCAUUCUGACAGCCAACUUCAGUGAAGCGUUGGAUGGUCAUGACUCCGGAGGAAACAUCUACAGGCCUUUUUCUGUUUUCAGCGUGCUCACUCUUACAUUACUGGCAAUGCUGGUGGUGGCCACCUUCGUGUGGAACUUGCUGGUGCUAGUGACCAUCCUGAGGGUAAGGACAUUUCACCGGGUGCCCCAUAACCUUGUGGCGUCCAUGGCCAUCUCCGACGUGAUGGUGGCUGCCCUGGUCAUGCCGCUCAGCCUUGUCCAUGAGCUGAACGGCAGGCUGUGGAAACUGGGCCGUGUGCUGUGCCAGGUGUGGAUCUCCUUUGACGUUCUCUGCUGCACGGCCAGCAUUUGGAACGUGACAGCCAUCGCGCUAGACCGCUACUGGUCCAUCACCAGGCAUCUAGAGUACACGCUCAAGACGCGCAAAAAAAUCUCAAAUGUGAUGAUCGCACUCACGUGGCUGCUGUCAUCCAUCAUUUCCCUGUCGCCACUUUUUGGCUGGGGGGAGACCUACACAGAGGGGAUGAAGUGCCAGGUGAGCCAGGAGCCAUCCUACACGAUCUUCUCCACCUUUGGAGCAUUUUAUCUGCCGCUUUGUGUGGUGCUGUUUGUUUAUUGGAAGAUCUACAAGGCUGCCAAGUUUCGGAUUGGCUCCCGCAAGACCAACACAAUAACGCCCAUGGCUGAGGUAAAGGACGAAACACAUCAGCCGCAGAUGGUAUUUACUGUCCGCCACGCCACCGUGACCUUCCAGACAGACGGGGACACAUGGCGCGAGCAGAAGGAGAAAAAGGCAGCGCUGAUGGUAGGCAUUUUGAUCGGCGUGUUUGUACUUUGUUGGAUCCCCUUCUUCAUCACCGAGCUGAUCGUCCCGCUGUGCUCCUGUGACAUCCCGCCCAUCUGGAAGAGCAUCUUUCUGUGGCUCGGAUACUCCAACUCCUUCUUUAAUCCACUCAUAUACACUGCCUUUAAUAAGAACUACAACAAUGCCCUGAGGAACCUCUUCUCCCGGCAGCGCUGAGCCACGCAGCACUCUCAGUAGACACACUACACCAGCAUGCACUCGACUGUGUUACUCCUCCAGACAGAGAAGGACUUAACUGUCUAUAUCCAUCAUUCAGUCAUUGUUCAAAUGGAUGAUAACCAGAAACUGUCUUUAUAAAUUAGUUGUUUUGUUUACCAUGCAGAGGUUACUUCUCAGCUGGACUGAGGCAAGUCACUGAGCUACUGUAUCUACAUUGGUUGUGCCGUGGCAGUACAAGAUACAGUGCUGUCUACAUAUUGAAUUCCUUCUCCCAUUUCAGGCUUGUUGGGGAGGAAGCCAUGUUAACUCCCUUGUAAACAGUUUCGGUAUCAGUAUGUGAAGUUGCUGGGAAUAAUUGAAUACCAUUCUGGAAGAAAUUCUUCAAAAUAUUCUUUUAAAAAUGUCACACAAAUAACCUCAUAAAUAAUAAAUCAACAACAAACUGGAUUAUUUUCUAAUUUACACAACAAAAUCAUCAUCAUUGAAGGGGAUGUUUUAAAUAAAAAUAUUGAUUUGAUAAUAUAAAACAAGGUUUAUCUGACCUGAAAUCCCACCUGUAAACAUAUCUCCACCUUAGGUAGACAUCCCCUGGAUAGAUAACUAUCCGGCUUCACGUGCAAUUUAUUCAUACACACUUCAAGAUAAAUGUACAAUCUCUCCUCUGACGCCAACUAUCUAUAAACUGCACCACUUCUUUUUGCACAUACACCUACACACUUCCAUGCCUUUUGUAAAGCAGUGAAAUGGCAGACACUAUUUCUAUCGUCUUUGCAUAGAUGCAUUGUUGAGGAACUGCAUCCAUGAAUUAUUAUAUCUCACUCCAGGUAAAUAAAGUAGAUACAGAAGAUGUAUGGACUUGUGUAAGCUAUUCAAAGCAUUAUCGCAACAAUAGAUUCUGUAGCCUGAGAGGUCAUUAAAUGGGAAAAUAAAAACUAGUAUUGCUUCAUUGUAGAGAGAAGGUAAAAUGCUGAGACGAUGAUGUUUUGAAGUAUAAUUUUCUACUAAUGGAAACAGCGCACAACAUCUAUGCUUAGUUGGUGUAAUGAUUUUUUUGAUAUGACUCCCAUUUCCUGCACACAUUGCUUGUUCUACUGUAAGUAAACCCUUAUUUGAGUGUGUAUUAUACUGUUAUGUAAGGAAUCAAGCAUGAGAAAUUGAUCCUCAGCAUUAGUUGUGCUGUAAGUGUGAGCUCCUGUUGGAGAGCAACAUCAAGUAUAACAAAUCUAAUACGAUGUUACAUUUUUUAACAAGUGCAUCUAAUGUUUAGCCUGGCAAGUCAGACCCAUAUCAAGAUAUUGGGUCUGGGAACUCACCAUUGGUAGGGCUCAAUCCAAGGGGCGGGAUAAACGGUUGUCUUUCAAAUUCCCUCUGCAUGCAAGAGGAAAGCGCUACAACCAACCAGAGCAACGCUAGUUAAUAGAUUCAACUUUUACCAUAUCCGGUCGGCAAAACUCUGAAUACAUCUUACUUUUUUACGAAUGAUUUCAAUACCGUUCUUUGUUCUUUUCUCAAAGAAAAG